AUGACGGUCUCUCAGGAAUCCCGACCGCUGCAGGUCCUCAUCGUCGGUGCCGGCAUUGCGGGGUUGACGGCUGCCAUUGCUUUGGGCCAGCAGGGCCAUCACGUUGUGAUUAUCGAGAAAUCCAAGUUUUCCCGCGAGACGGGCGCAGCCAUCCAUGUGCCUCCCAAUUGCACCGCUCUGCUGAAUUGGCUGGGCAUUGACCCCAAGAACUUUGGUGGCACUUUGUUGGAGCAGGUGCUAAACUUACAGAUUCAUCGAUAUGACCAUGUCGGCAACUUGAAGUACCUGAAAGACUUUUCCGAGAUCCGGCAGAAAUGGCAGGCAGAAUGGUAUCUGGUCCACCGAGUCGACCUACACAACUACCUCAAGCAGCGCGCCAUCCAGACAGCCACACUUCACAUGGGCUGCAACAUCGUCAAUAUUGAUCUCGAUGGCCAGCGCCCAUCUGUCACACUCGACAACGGCAACCGACAUGAAGCGGAUCUGCUCCUCGGAGCUGACGGUCUGCACUCUGUCGUCCGGGAGGUGAUCGGACAGACACCCCCUCCUCCCUUCCCGGCUGGCAAGUCGUGUUUCAGAUGGCUUCUGCCGACGGAGAAGUUGCGCCAUCUCCCUGCCACCCAGAAUAUCGUGCGCGAUCCCGGGGUGUUCAUCGAAUGGGCCGGCGGAGAUCGCCGACUCGUGGCUUAUCCCUGCUCUGACAACACGAUGUUCAAUCUUUGUGCAUUCCUUCCCACUGCCGAAGCUGGUGAUGCCGCCGAAGGCUGGCAAGCGGUCGGCAACAAGAGUGCUCUCGUUGAUGGAUUCUCCGAAUUCAGUCCGGAAGUCAAGGAGCUUGUCCACGGAGCGGACGAGAAUCUCAAGGUCUGGGAGCUGUUCGAUAUGAAGUCUCUCCCAUCGUGGGUUAGGGGAUGCUCCGCUUUACUGGGUGAUGCAGCACAUCCUUUCCAGCCCUACAUGGGUCAAGGAGGCGCCAUGGCCAUUGAAGAUGCGGUUUCCCUAGCGGUGUUGCUCCCAGCUGGGACUCCCGUGAAGGACAUCCCGGCUCGGUUGGCCCUGUACGAGAAAGCGAGACGGUCGCGUGUCGACUUGGUUCUGGAGUACACACGCAUUAAUGGAGUAGAUGAGAUUGAUACAACUGCCAAGCGCAUUACUGGUGAGGUUAUCGCCGCUUGUUGA